AUGCAGUUUUCUUGCUCCGCCGUCUUAGUCGUGGCCCUGCUCUCUGACCAAACCCUCGCGACUUGUGCCCAGGGCUCUUUCAGCGGCAAGCCGAACGAUUACGACAUAAUUGAAUACUGCACCCUCAAGCCGAACAACUUCUACGAUUGUAGCAACGGAGCUUCCGUCACUCACAACGCGGAUCGCUUUACGCUCCAGGCUGGCUCGGCCGACGCCAUGGUCAUGGUCGCCUGUGGUGGGUACGGCAGUGUUUACCACUGUUCCGCAGGCGAAUCAGCGGUAAUCUCACAGCCUCUAGACGAUCACCCCCAAAAGCCCGUGGGCGUGCGCCAUGACGGACCAAUUCAGACCAACAAAUUCUACGCCAACUUCUUUGCCAGCAAUCAGGACAACGCUACAUGGACACAUCCAUACUCAGACUUCAUCUACGGCUCCGGCGACCCGGCCAAAUCCUUCGAGGAUCCGCUGUUCAAACAGUCCAUUGCGCUAUCCGCACGCGAGCUGCAGAAUGGGACCGUCUUGACAACGGACUCCCUAACGUCUUUUGCUGUCAAUGUCAACUUGGCGCCGAGGAAAGGAGCCGAGCCUAUUGUGUCAUUUCCCCUGGUACAAGGCAUGGCAUUCGUGACAGGAGUUUACCACGGUGCUACCGUCCUGAUCCAGUCACAAAGAGGGUUUUUGGACCUCACCAGAGUAGAGGACGACUCGCGUGGGCUUGGAGCACCCGGUUGGAGAACUUGGGUGAGCGACAAUGGGCAACCGGUUGAGUGGCUCAUCUAUGUCAAUCCAAGCCGCGGCUCCCAGACGCCUAAACUUACCAUGGCCAACAACGGAACUAUCGUGGGACCUGGUAACUUCACAGGGAGUGUGCAAGUCGCGAGGAACCCAAAAGGCAAGGCCGGCGCUCGUAUUUUCGGCCAAGCCGCGGGAGUCUACCCCAUCGGGGGGGAAAUGAAAGGAUCGGUAUCAGGCAGAACGGGAUCGUACACAUUUGCCUGGAAGAAGGGUGGCGACAAGACCAUCCCUCUGCUCAUGUUCGCUCUGCCGCACCAUGUCAAAUCUUUCGACAGCAAAACCGCCAGAGGCCUCACUGACCUCCAGCUGGCGAGUACGACAAAGGGCAUUGCAACUGCGACUUUUGGGGACUCGUUCACGAUGAUAGAGCCGGAUCUUCCGACAGACAUGGGAUUCGAUCCUUGGUCGCCACGUCUGGGCUCUGUUGGAUCUAGGGAAGCAAGAGGCGGCACCGUAUCUACCGAGGCCAAAGACGAGAUUGUUGCCGCUGGGAAGCUGGAGCUUAAUUUGGAUGCCAUUGCCAUCACCAAUCUGACUUCCAAAUAUUAUGCCGGCAUCGCAUUCUCGAAAUACGCUAGGGCUCUCUAUGCGGUCAACAGCAUCGCCGGAGACAGGUCGUACACACAGGACGCACUGGUCAAGCUCGAGGCAGCCUUUGACAGAUACGUCAACAACCUCGAGCCAAACCCCCUUUACUACGACAACGUCUGGAAGGGCCUGGUCUCCUCUGGAUCGUACGGAAAUAAUGACUCCUCAAUCGACUUCGGGAACACCUACUACAACGACCACAAUUUUCACUACGGAUACUACGUUUACACGGCCGCAAUCAUAGGGCAUCUCAACCCAUCAUGGCUCAAGAAAAACGACUCCGUGAACACGAUCUGGGUCAACAACUUGAUCAGAGACUGGUCCAACCCCUCGUCGGAAGAUCCGUACUUCCCGUUCUCGCGCUCUUUCGACUGGUUCCACGGGCAUAGCUGGGCUCGUGGCGUUCUUGAGGCUCCUGAUGGCAAGGAUCAGGAGUCCUCUGCGGAAGAUGCCUUUUCAACCUACGCCAUAAAGAUGUGGGGGCGCACCAUUGGCGACGCGGCUCUCGAGGCACGCGGAAACCUCCAGCUGGCUGUCACAGCUCGCAGCUUGCAGUCAUACUUCCUUCUAGCCAGCGACAACAAGGUUCAGCCGGAGAAGUUCAUUGACAACCGAGUAACGGGGAUUCUGUGGGAUCGAAAGGUCAACCACACGACCUACUUCGGCGACAAGACCAGCUUCAUCCAGGGUAUCCACAUGCUCCCAAUCGUGCCGAGCAGCGCAUACGUUCGCAAGCCGUCUUUUGUGCGUGAAGAGUGGGAUCAGUACUUUGCAGGAAACAAAAGCGGCGCGCUUUCCGGGGACGGAUUCGUCGGCCACGUCUACGUGAAUCUCGCCAUUGCUGACAAGGCUGGUGCGGUUGAGAGCUACAACUUUAUGAAGAUCAAGUAUUCUGCCCGAGUGGAGGACUUCCACGAUGUGGAGUCGAGUACAAAAGAAAUCAACUAA